AUGCCUCUCACCAUUCUAAGUAACAAGAAUAUCCAGCAUCUCCUGCUUGAUCUCCGCAAAGAAUAUCUGCACCAGAUGAUGGAGCGACUCCGGGAAGCUCUGGAUGAAUAUUCCCUCAGCAAGACCAAAGAUGGUUGUUCGGCCGACAACCAGCCAGAGCCAACAUCUGUUGAGAGUUCUCAUGGUACUACUACUCGAUUUACGCCUGCUAUAAGCUCAAGUUAUCUUGGGAUGAAAGUUGUUACGCAGGCAACUGUUACGGUUCCCGAGGACAGCAGCAGUGAGACUCUUGACCGUGAGUCUGAGGAGGCGAUGGUUUCCAGUCCAGCAAAUAACCCUCGUGGUGCUCUUCUGAUUAUGUCCAACACAAGUGAACCCAUAGGAAUAAUUAACGCCCAAGAGUUCACCGCCUUCCGCACUGCUCUCACCAGCUCCCUCCUGCUCCUGCACCGCCGCAAAGUGAAAACCCUAACCGUCUUCGGCACCGGCAAACAAGCCUUCUGGCACGUUCGUCUCGCACUGUGCUUGCACGGCCACACCAUCAAAAACGUGCAUUUUAUCAACCGCGAUUUCAGCGAAAAUGCUAUGUCCAUCCUGAGGAACUUCUACAAAUACGACCCGCUUGUGCGCGAGCGCGAGGGCUGGCCAAGUACGAGUUUCUCGCUGCUAACGCCGUAUUAUGAGGAGUAUCGACGCAUGAUUAACAAGCAGAUCAGGGAUGCAGAUGUUAUUUACUGUACGACGCCGAGUACAGAACCCCUGUUUGAUCAUAGGAUCUUGACGGAGACGCAGGGGAGGCAAAAGGGGAGGUUGAUUGUUGCGGUGGGGAGUUACAAGGAUAGCAUGAUUGAGAUUCCACAGGAGAUUAUCCAUCAGGCUGUUAAGAGACAUGGUGCGGGACAUCAUCUGCACAAGCAUGCUGAGGAGGGCGGGGUGAUUAUUGUUGAUACGCUAGCUUGCCUUACGAAUACGGGGGAGUUGACGCAGGCGAAGCUGCGCGAGACGGAAGUUGUGGAAUUGGGUGAGCUGGUGAUGCUAGAGCGUCUAGCGCCUAGUGUCGAGGAAAGUUCAAAUUCGUCGAUGAGUGAUGAGGCUUCACCACGCUCUUCAUUCGAGGGCCUGUCCAUGACAACCAUAUUCUCACCUUCAAUCAGCAAGACAGAUUCCCCGCCCGAAGAACGCCAUGGUCUGUCGCAUAUCUUCCCGUCACAUCGACCUCACCACCUUCCUUCCAUCUUUCACAGGAGAAAGGACUCACGAAGCUCGGAGAAAGACAUGCUAGCUACCUCUUCCGAAAACUCGCAGCCUCGACGUCCGGAUUUCAGCAUUUCCUCACUACAUCCCCAAUCACACCCACAGCCUCAACGUUCCGACUCCCUACAAUCGAACCGCACCGGCUCCUCAACUGACCAUAGGCCUCCUAUCUCGCACCGCAGUAGUAGCGGCAUCUCGCACAGCCCUAUCCAAGGUACACCCACCAGCAGCAAGCAACAGCAGCAGCGCAAGAAAACCCACAAGUCGCAAAACGCAAAAGACGAUCUAUGUCGGUGGCUUACCAAAGGCAAUGUGAUUUAUAAAAGUAUCGGCAUCGGACUCGUUGAUUUGGUCAUUGGGACGGAAUUGAUUAAGAUGGCGAUGGAAGAGGGCGUUGGUGUUACUAUGCAACAUUUCUGA